AUGAGGAACACACAGAACGAAGUGGUGAUUCCACUCGAGGUUGCUAUUCGAACCGACCGGUGGAAGCCCAGCUUUACGUUCGUGCAGGACAUUACCCUUUCGGACACGCUGCCUGACGAAGCGUGGCAUCAGGAGAACCUCGGCUCGUUCUGGAACUUCUUCUCGAUCUUCGAGGGGCGCGGACAUCAACAAGCCAUGGCGGAAGCGACAGACUAUUCAAAAGUAAUCGUCACUCUGCGAUUCCCAUCAUCACAUGUGGACCUCAGCAAAUCAGAUUACGAUCUGAUCGUGAAGCUACUGGGGAGCGGCAGCAGCGACGCCGACAGCGACGCGACGAGUCCGCGCUCUCGGAAGCCCGAGCAACGGCCCAACACCAUCAACCUCGCGGAGGCGGUCAGCUCCCCGAACUUGCUGGAUGCCAGGCGGAGAUCUUCACUCGACUAUCCCUACGGCGAGCUGGUGCAAAAGCGACAGAAUGCGCUGGCCCUCAACGUGUUCUUCACUCAGGGCAACUGGGUGUUCCGCGAGAACACACGGCGCGAAGACGCCGAAGCCAACGAGGGCAAGAACAACAGCUCGCCGCCUCCUCACUGCUAUGAGCUCGAGUUCGUCAAGCUGCACAUCUUCCAGCUCAUGCAGCACGCCGGCAUGGACGCCAAUUACACCGUGUUGACAGGCGAGGACUUCAUCAUCCACGACACGAUCUCUUUCGACAACACGACGCCUGUUGCGGAGCGCAUACAUCGAAUGCGCAAGGUUUGCUAUCCCAAUCUAGGCAACACGGAGUGUCGGUUCAUGUUCGACGAGGUGGUGAUGCAUCACCACAAGGGCCUCAACUGGCUCAUCAGCCUGAGCGGCUUCUUUGCUCCCUCAAAGAGCGAGGAGGAGAAGCAACGCGACCACGAGCGGAAGAAAGCACUUCGGGCCAGGAGGAAGCAACAUGAACAACAACAAUCAAACGAUGAAAUCGCCGCGUCGGCUUUCCGCAUCGGCUUGACCUUCAAUCAGCUCGAGAUCGAAUACACGUCGCGCUUGCUUCCAUCCCAAGCCAUGGCGACCAUUGACCUCCUGUCGGUGAGCAGCGAGGACAUCGUGGCGGGGUCCGACGAGGACGUGUUCCGAGGCACUCUACAAACGCUGACAGUGUACCUCAUGGACACCAUGCGGCAGCGAUCGGUGUCCUCGUCGAUCAGCGACAGCACGGAUCGAAGCGGCAUUGGAGGGAGCGGCCUGCGCAGGCGAGCGUCGUCCAUCACCUUGAGCGGUUUACCACCGGGCGGCAGCGCAGGCUAUUGGCAGCAGAAAGGCUACACUAAGGUGGCCAGCCUCGACCACCUGGACUGGGACAUCAUCAGCCGCAGCCCAGCCUACCACGUGGAAGCCAAUCUGCCCGAGUUGGAGAUCAACGUGGUAUCAGAUCCGUCGCCCACGUGCUCGUUGACCGCCUGCAGCGACUCGCUGCAAACGCUAUUGGAUCUCGUGGGCGAAUGGACAGCGCCGGCGCAGAAGGACCCCAACGCACCAGAACAGCAGAAGCCUGAGCCGAAGGCCGACCUCAAUCCGCUGGCUGCCGCCCUCAACCAAGUCCAGUGGGAUGACGUGGCGGCCAACGCGUUUGCGCCCAAGACGCGGCCGAACGAACGGAAGCCUCCACGCGAUAAACAUAGGCCUGGCCGAAGCAACAGCGGCGGCAAGACCAGCGGCAGCCAGCCCAGCAGCAGCAGCACGGCCAAGAAGCAGAGCUCGCUAGCGGCGCAAAUCAAAGCCGCCGAGGACUACGACCCGUCGGCCUCGUCGAGCGGUCGCUUCGUGAUACGGGAGGACUACCUCUCGUCGUCGAGCUCUCCAGAUGUCGGUAGAAAGGGUAAGGGCAAGGAGAAGCAGGAAUCAAGCAGCCAUCAGCUGCAGAGGCAGCAUCCUGAUGCCCGCACCAGGCCGACAGCGAAAGCGAGAGCGAAGGCGACCAAGGACGGGGAACCGGUGCGGACAAGGCGCAGGCGAAGAGGGAGCGACGACUCCGGCGACUCGUCGAGCGACAUCGACGUGGACUGGAGCUCUUCUUCUACUAUUGUCGACAGUUGGGACGACGUGGUCGAGGGAGAGGAAGCGACGCAGCACAAAGCGGAGCCGAAAGCGGCAGACCCGUGGGAGCAAACAUUUGCGGAUGAAGAAGAGGAGGACUAUGACGACGAAGAAGAGGAGGGUGAUGAGGAAGAAAACGACGACAAUGAGGAGGAAGGAGGUGAUGUGGUCGACGGCGAAAAGAUCGGGUUGGAGCGAGGGCGCAAGUACAAGCUGGUCGUGGAGAAGUUCCCUGCCGCUGAUGCUCCCCGCCAACCCGCUGAAACGGUGCCGACUCCCAUCAUGCCGAGCAAUGUACCACCACGAGAACCCCAAGCGCGCUGGCUCACGGGUGACGCGCCCCAGCUCGACGGGCUGCUGAUCGACGACUUUGCGCGUGCGCCACCCAAGAGCGCCGAUUUUGGGUUCACGCUGCCCGAAGGGGUAUUCGCACGAGUGGACGUGGUGGUGCGUCUGGUCGGCGGCGCAGACUGGGCCACACCCACGGGGUCUCUGGUGGCGUCGACGACGUCGAGCUCCGGUGGCGCUGCUGCCAGCACCGACGGCUCCGACGGCUCGUGGAAGGCGCUGCCGAAGGCCGGGUCGCGCAAUGAAGAGGUCAACAUGCAGAUUGCCGUCACCAACCUCGAGAUCCAACUGAACGAAUUGGUGCCCGGAACACAGCAUGUGCGACGGCUCGUGGUCUCGGUUGGCGAGGUGGAAGUCCAGGACAACGUGCCCAGCUCCGACGUCAAGACCUUCAUGUGCUACGACCGUGACCGCCCGCGCGAAACCGGGUCGAGCAUGCUCGCCGUGCAGAUGGAGUGCGUGCGGCCCGAUCGCGCGGCCAAGCCCGAGGCGGAGGAGUGGCGGCUGAAGGUGCGGAGUCUGCCGUUGCGCCUCUACAUCGACCAGGACGCCCUCGAGUUCCUGGUGCAGUACUUCUCCGCCAUGGAGGGCUCGCCCGUCAUUCCUGAAGGGGAGCCGCUCUACUUCCAAAGCUGCGAGGUGAAGAGCGUGCAUCUGAAGGUGGACUACCAGCCCAAACAACUCGACUACAACGCCCUCUACGGUGACAACAAGGUCGCGUUCUUUGCCAAGGCCGUUCCUCUGCGAGCGGCUGAGAUCCACUUGAAGCCGGUGCGAGUCAAGGGUCGCGGAUGGGACGAGCUGCUGGGUAAGCGACUGGUGGAGGCCUACCUGCCCUACAUCAGCCGAACCCAGCUCUCGUCAGUGGUGGCCGGCAUCGCGCCCAUACGCUCCCUUCUCAACAUCACCUCCGGCGUGGGCGACCUCAUCUACACGCCCAUGCAGCAGUGGCAGAAGGACGGCCGAAUCCUCACCGGCCUGCAACGUGGCGCGAGCACGGCACUCCACAAGUGGCUAGUCGAGGGUCUCAACGUUGGCACAAACCUGACGGCUGGCGCGCAGUACGUGCUGGAGGCUGCCGACUACUACCUCGGCGGUUCGGGAGGGUCGAUUGCCGGCAGCAGCAUGUACGCCCACGCGCCCGCCACAACAGAGGCGGGGAUGCGGGAUGCUUACUCCAGCGUUUCCCGCGAGCUGGGCGCUGCGGCCCACCGCAUCGUGGCCGUGCCGCUCGACCAGUACCAGAAGCACGGCGCCACCGGCUACCUCUCCUCGCUCGCCUCUGGAGUGCCGCUGGCAAUCCUGCGACCGAUCAUCGGAGUGACGGAGGGGGUGACCAAGACCCUCAUCGGGGUGCAGAAGUGGGUCGACCCGGCGCUCGAGGACGAGAUCGCCACCAAGUUCAAGAAGAAGCCCAAGCGCCAGGCCGACCACCAUCACCAGUACCACCACCGCCACCGCCAGCCGGGCGUCACAGAGAGUAGGAUCUUUGCGACCGACGAUGACGACGACUACUACUCACGCAGCAUCGACAACGAGGAGGGCGACACCCUGGCGUCGCAGGUCGGUGGUGCGUUCUACUACGGCGCCUCAGUGCUGGGCUCCGCCCUGCCUCGCUUCGGCUCCGCCGCUCCCGACUCGCUGGAGUCGUCUUCCUCGUACCCCGCAUCGCCGGCUUCGGCCUUCACCCGCCGCUACGUCUCUGCGCACUGCGACGACAACUUCUCCGAUGACGACAGCACUGAUGACAGCGAUGUCUGA